UCUUGGCAUCGAAGUGGUUUUCUAUUACACAUUUCCUUAAUCGUGGGAAAAUUUUGUUUGUUGAACUGGCAGUAUCGGAAACAUCUCAGUGACCUUACGUUUCUCAGCUCAGCAACCAUCCGAUUUCUAGGACCAAAACAUGCAAAGAAGCAUUGUUCGCGGUUGACGGCAAACCACUCAAGAAUUAAUUUGGUAAAUAUUAUCGCGAAGACAGUUUGAUAAGAUUGCAUAAGCUAUUCCAUUAGUUUGUCAAAGUGAUCAUGAGUAAGAUAUUAACUAAAUCGGCUAUUUUUUUUCCUUCCUGGGGAUUGUUUUGAUCAGUCAGCCAAAGUCUGCGUCAAAGGUAGGAAGUUAUGAAGUUUUGAUGAACAUCUGUUUCAUUCACGAAGAAAUUGUAUCAAAGAAAGAAGCUAUAACAGCCCGGGUUUUGGAUGAGACCUGAUUUGAAUAACGCUGUACACGGAUUGCUCGGUAUUGACGGACAAACGACUGAUGUCGGCUUCGUUUUCAGUUGGCACUUAUCUUGGUCACGCCUACAUGACCUUAUAAUAAUUAAAUUAUACCUUUCGACGAAGGGGUAAUCCUACAGCUGAUCCUAGAUUCAGUUUAUAACCUCUGUUGUUCUCUCAUUUUUCGAUGAACAACCUUAAACGAAACAUAACAGAAAGCCAUCAGGGUAUCCGACGCAAUAUAUGGUAUUUGACAGGAGUGUUUCCGAUUGAUUAUUUUCCUUGAAUUUGUAAUUUGCCAGCUAGGUGAAUGAUUUUACUAAAUUUAUGGAGAAAGUGUCGAGUUGGCGAUAAAGCUCAGUUCGUGAAGGCAGAGAUUUCUUCGGUGGUAAUGUACGUAGUUUUCAUAUGUCUUCGAUUAUUUGUGCACAAGGAGUAACAUAUGCAAAGUCCAAAGUACUUUUCCCAACGUUUACAAUAGACAAUUUUUGUUAUUAUUUGGGAUAAUUUUGUAUUGUCUCGUCUUUUCAUCUGGUGCCAUCUCCUAAUUGUUAUUUGUAAUCUCGAACCUUCAAUUCGUCAAGAUUCAAGGCAAAUGAUACUAGAGGCAUCUUUCUAUCGACGAUGCCUGAAGCUCUGCUGACCAACAUCAAAGCCACGAUAGCUGCAUACAACUAAGUGAAAUCUUUUGAGACUUUGUUUAUCAAAACUGAGUUGAAAAUAUUUUGUCAAUGGUGUACAACAUUUUGGCGAUGUGUUUGUAAAACGCACAACUGGAUAGGGCCAUUUUUGGAACAAAGCGAAGAUAAACGACAGAGUGACCCGAAGGGCAACCCAUAUUUUGACUCAUGGUAAAACCGAUUUAACGUAAAGGAAGCGAUUUAUGUUAAUUCUCAGUGGUUCUUAAAGCGUUUUUCGGCAAAACAUUUUCCGUUGACACCUUUCAUUGACCUUGUUCACCAACAAAGAGUUGAUGAUGGAGUUUGUUUAGAAAGCAGACUGAAUGUGAACGAGAACAGGAGCCCAUUACUCCUGACGAGAAUCAUUUCCGAGGCCGUAUUUGCUCUUAGUUUCUUUUUCUUGUAUUAUACCCCAUUGUAUUCUGUGGAUUAUAUCUAAGUCUUGUAAAGGUAACCUAGAUUUUAAUAAUAAUAAUAAAAAAAAGAAAAAUAUAUUUGUUCUUAACUACUGAGUAUUGAAGCCGCCAUUCAGGAAGAUGUCGGCGACAAAGCUUUGCAUGAGAAUAUCUAACAAAUUUUCUUUCUAUUCUAGUGUUGCCUGACAUGUUCUGAGGUGUGGUCAGAUUAAAAGGAGGACUUUCCCGAGCAAUUGAUUAUCAUUCUUGUUAAUUCGCUGGCUCACUAUCAGAAGGUGAUGUUGCAUCUUUAAAUAAGUACUUUGUUGUAGGUUUUGUUUGUCAAUUCUUUAUCUUGCAAAACAAGAGUAAGCCCUCUUGAGUCGCGUGCUAUCUUCGUGCGUGAACUACAAAUGUUUUUCCUGGCUUGGGAACAACUCUUGACUUAUCAAAUUUAAGGAGUUACAGAGUUAUGAUGUAAAACAAUCUUGUCAGCUUUCUUGUAACUCAACCUACCGACCCCAGUCUCAGUCAAGUUUUAUUGGAACACUCCACAUUCCUAUCAAUACCAAAUUUUGCUUGCAUAACACCUUUAAUGCGUCUCACCUCUUUUAAGAGGAAAGAAGAAGGAGUUAGAGCUAAAAUGUUCAAUAAUAGCUUCGGCUUUCUUUGUUUACCAGAAUAUUGGCUCAACGGAUGAGGUUCUCAGAACAGCCAAUCGGGAAAACAACUUGUUUUGAUUUGGUUAGUUCCUAGAAAACUUUUACCUUUCUCAUCAAAGUUAAGGAUUGCCAAUAUUAGCCCGAUAAGAUCGGUCCAAUUUAGUAAGCAAACAAUUUUAAAAUGCACAGUAAGAAGCCCAAUAUAUAUAUAUCAUGAAACGUCUCAAUUACGGCAUUCCAAUAAAGGUGUCUUAAAUUUCUUCUGUUCAAGAAGUUUCAUGAUAAACCCCCGCAAGAUAACUGCAACUAUAAACGUCUGGAUUGCAUCAAAAACAAGAUGAUAUCAAUUAAUUUGUUAAAGAUAUUGAUGUGAUACAUCACGACAACGUAAAGUGAUUGAAAUUUUCCACGCUCGUGGGACAAUUCACAUAUCCGAUCUAAUUAACAAUAUUUAUCGAUGGCAUCGCUACAUGUUGCCACCAGGAAGAAAAGAACAGGUUUCAGCUUGCAACCUGGGGCACAUGCUCUCAAUACUUGUGUUUUUUUCGUAAUAAUAAUUAUUAUUUGGCAUGAAAACAGUCAGGAUGGACAUAUAAGGUUACAAAAAGGAGCAAACAAAAUAUUCGAGUGUUAUCGUGUACUGAGUGGAUGCUAUAACGGUUAAAGUUGGGUUGGAAUUUUCGCAUUAAAUUUGCAUUUGUGUCUGUGCCUUUAGAACAAUGGGUGGAAAACAGCCUGAUUUUCUGCGGUGGCGUUGUUUAGGUUUUGGUUUGUCCCCCGAGAUAUGAAUUGUGCAAAAAAAAGCGGAAAAGAACAGAGAUCCAAAGUGGAUUAAUAUUCUCGAUCCCUUUGGAAGUCCAGCUCUAGUGCUUUCUCACGGAAUUUUUAAUGAUUUUUUUCUAGGGAUAACAAAACUACAUCACUAUGAUGGACGAAAACUCUUCUUUCAACGAUACAAACUUGACAACAGGUUUGUUCUAGGCUACAUCAAAUAUACAUCAUUACUGGUAAACCUUGGCGCGACUGUGCGCGAAGUUAAAAAUAUAAAAACGCAGCAAAUAACAAGAAAAGACAAGAUAUAUUCAUUUUAACCGAAUUUAAUUCGAAAGCGUUAUCGUAAAGGAAGGUUAUGUUGGUUCUGGGCUGUUAUUCUCCCAUUUCAUAGAUUUCCAAAACAUUUUCAAGACUUUGGUGGGGAGUAUCUGUGCGCCCAUAGCCUCUAAGUGUAUCGUGGCCUCUCUUAGCGACAAUGUAAAAGGCAAAUACUAGAGUCCGUUUUAAAUGUUCAAAUUUGACUCUCUCUCUAUCACAAGGCUAUUUAAAUAGCUAAAGGUAACUCCUCUUUAUACAAAAGUCCACAGGGAAAGCGAAGAGCGACUGAUCAAUUGUUUGUGCUUUUAAUGACCUUACAGUUGGUAUGAACAGAACUGAAAACAUGUUUUUGAGAUUAAUGAGCCAUUUCUUAUCUUAAGAUGACAAAUCAUUUGGCAAUCUGAUAGCCUUUGCAGAAUGGCCACUUUAUCAUUUACUAACGUGCAGAUUGCCAGAUUUUCCUCAAGGUUUUUACCAUCCGCUGUGUUUUAAUCUCAGGCCGGAACAUAUUUAAAGUGCUGUUCAUACGAACCCAAAGUUAAAUGUAAUUUACUGAAGACCGUAAAGAUCAGUGAGGCCUUUUCUUAGCGUUUAGUUAGAAGUAAAACGGAGCGAAAUAACAAACGGCGUCGCAUAGGGGAGGGGUGAAAAAGUUAGGGAUAGCAAAACCUCCCUCUUUCUUCAAAACGACUAGUGCGUUUCGUUUUACUUACUAAAUACCUGAAACAGGCCAAGGUGAUUGCUCCAUCGCAAUUUGAGUCUAUUUUAAAGCUGGAAUCUCGGCUAGGUUUCCAGAGCCUUCCAUAAUGAAAUCCAUCUCUUGAUCAUUAUCUUUUUAUUAAGAUUACGCUAGUUGAAUCAUUUAAGCACCUUAAGUUAACAUCUUGUUAGCAGGCCUUUCACCAGCAAUGGCCCCAGUCUAAUGUAUUAAUUAGGUCACUUACUAUCACGAGGAAGUAACGUAGACGUUGCCCAUCAGAUUUUCUCUGUUUGACAGUUCCUGCAUUGCUACAGCAGUCAAUGAGGCAGUUUAUUUUCUUUCGGUGUUGUUCACGUUCGAGAAGACAUGUAUCUCUUUCGUUUUCAGAGGGCCCAGACAGACUCCAUGAUGGAUCAAUGUCUGACAGUUUGAUGAUCCUGAUAACAACGCUCUAUGCAAUAACUUUCGUCAUUGGAUUCAUUGGAAACUCCCUCGGACUCUACAUCAUCUGCAAGAAAUGCGGCAUCAAAGCAGCCACUCACUUACUAAUCGCCAACCUCGCUUGCUCCAAUUUGCUCAUUGUCUUCAUAGUAAUUCCUACGUCAGUAUCUUUCUUGUACAACGGGCACUAUUGGCUCUCGGGAAUUUCAGGCACUGUCACUUGCAAGAUCUCUCAAUAUUUAUUUGUAUUUCCCAUUGCUACCUCCAUUCUGACUAUACUGGUGGUAUCUAUAGAUCGGUUCUUCGCCGUCUGUCAUCCCAUGAGAGGACAGCUGUUUCGAAAGCCCAAAAAGAUGACAGCCACAAUUUGGAUUUGUGCGGCCAUAGUUACUAGCCCAAUAAUAGUAAUAUUCAAAGUGACCCCUUUCCCCUCUCCAGAAAUAAAAUGGUCGUGUAGUCAAUAUUUUGGACAAGAUCCGCAGCUGGCAGAUACUCUCUCUAAAGUAUACUAUGCUGCGCUAUUUGCUUUACUUUACUUGCUGCCACUUCUUAUCAUAACUGUUCUUUACACGAUCAUUGGCUACAAACUGUACAAUCGGAGCAUUCCUGGAAUGUCCCGUUCGCCAACUUUUAGAGACAGAGUGGAAAAAUCAAAGCGCAAGGUUGCCAAGGUGAUGGUAAUGAUCGUCACUGCUUUUGCAAUUUGCUGGUUUCCAGCCCACGCCGUUCACUACUACGUCACUUUCCAAAAAGAAGCCGUUUCGAGAAUACCACCUUAUGCGAUUUCUUUACUUCUAUGGAUUUCGCACUCAAACAGCGCAAUAGACCCAUUCUUGUACAUAUUACUCAGCCAUAACUUUCAAAGGGAGUUCCGCAAAAUUAUUAAUCAGUGCAAUUUUCGCUUUGAAAGGCGUUUAUCAAGGAUUUCAAUCACCCUCUCCAGAAGAAACGUCCAUGCAAAUCGCACUGGGUCGAUUGCGUGGUCAUUUAGGAGAUCUAACUCACACAAGGUUGAUAGGUACACUAUUCGCGAAAAUCCAAUCGGUGAAGGGCGAGAUUUGAACAUGCGCAACGGAUUGCUGAACGAACAUCACCCACUUCAGCAAAACGUACAAGACCAUGCGCUGUAAUAGUUAAGUCAUCACGGUAUAAUUGCUCCAGCACAAGGCCUGCCUCACCCUUGCGACGGUGUUGUAAUGUAACGUACUUAAUUGCCCUCUAACUGGAUGAUAUAAUUGUCACUGGCGGUGAGAUCUUCUACGCACUAUUUAACCUUACUGAUGUCUUUUAAAAAAAAUUAAUAAUAAAAUUUUAAAUAAGUCUAUCCCAUUAGGAGAGUUAGACAAAUAAAGAAACGGCCGAGUACCAUUGGAUUUAAGAGUAUCAUCGUUUUAGCGCUUUUCUGUUGCCCUGGUAUAGUAACUUGCAAUCGUAAUUCAAG